AUGGAUGGUAUUGGAACAGCAUCAGCGAUAUUACAACUUUCCGGGACAGCAGUUAAGGCGUCUUGGCAGCUUUACAAUUUCAUUGUGACAGUUCAAGAUGCCCCGCGCGAGCUGUGUCUUCUCAGAGAUAAUGUACAGGCUUUAGCUGCUGUUUUGUCGAAUUUGGAAGGAUCUCUCAAGUCUCCUGAGACACAAAAGAGUGUAGACCAAGACUCCGAAAUUCGGAACAAUCUGGAUAGCCUUCAAUACUUCAUUACAAGAUGCGAGGUGAUGUGCCGACAACUAACUGAAUGUCUGCGCUCGUACAUCCGAAAUGGAAACACCGACAAAGCCUCAAUCGAGGGUAAGGAUGGAGAUAAUAGUCCAACCGCCGAGUCCCCCGUCUCGAUGGGAUCGAUUAAUAGAAUUACAUGGUACUUCAAGCGAAAGGAUGUAUUACUCCGGGUGUCUGAGCUACAACGCACAAAAGAGCUCUUUUCUGAUGCCAUGGGCAGUCUCACAUUGCUCCUUAUGAUGAGAAUAUCGAGGAUAUCUGCGGGGCCUGAUGAUUCGGCUCUUCCUGUCAUUUCGAAUGGGCAUCCAUUCGAUGACGACGCAGGGUCAGCAAUUGUCCUCUGGGCGAACACUGUCCAGUCCCAGAGUCUGUUAAUAGACGGCACAAGCACUUCCUCGACUCAAACUCUAUCGCGACCGGGGACACCCAGGCCGGCUGAUCCCGAGCUCGCGCGGGAGCUCUUCGAAGCCGUCAAACGCAAUUCGAUUCCCCUUGUGGAGUACCUGCUGGAUCGUGUUGAUAUCAACACCCGGCGGCCUCGCGAUGGACGUACUGCACUCUCAUUCGCCGCUGAGCUGGGAUAUGUAAAAAUGACAAAGUUUCUUCUUGAUCACGGAGCCCUAGUAAACAUUCGCCAGUACACUCGUACCUGUGCAGACAGUAAGGGCCCGACUUUCAUUGGCGGGCGCACCCCACUACACUGGGCAGCAGAUUCAAGGGCAUCAGCAAAGGGCGAGAUUAUUCAGCUCUUGCUGGACCAUGGGGCGAAUCCAAAUGCGGCCACUAGUGCAGGCCGGCCGGCACUACAGUUUGUGUGUAUACAAGGUGAUUGCAAGUCAGCUAGAAUCCUCCUAGACAGAGGCGCGGAUGUGAACUUUCGAAGCUUCCAUCAUGGCUGGUGUGCUGUGAACGAAGUAGCUCAUUUUAAUCACACUGAACUACUGAAAGUCCUCCUGGAGUACAACCCGCUACUUGACGUCACUGUUGACCUCAAGGGUGAUCGAAAGGCGCCAUUACACAGUGCUGUCUGCAACCGCAAUCAUGAAUUCAUGAAUUUACUACUCGAGAACGGCGCUGAUCCUGAUAUCGGCAUGUUCGAAGGUAACACUCCUCUGCAUCUUGCUGCCGCCAUGGGCUGGUUGGAAGGCAUCAAUAUACUCCUGGAUUCAAACGCUUCGAUGGAUUCUCAAGAUGACUUUCUCUUUGAGACACCUCUACAUAAGGCGGCACGAAACCGGAAGGUGAAAGCAUGUCAGCUUCUGUGUCAACGUGGCGCAAAUUCUGCAAUUCAGAAUAUCGACGGGUUGGAUUAUCAGUCGAUUUUGAAUUACACGCAGCGGUACCCCGAUGACUGGAAGGUGAACCAAGAAAAGGUUUAUUUUCUGUCUUGA